CCUUCUCCUCCUUCUCCUGCUGACAACCAGGGACCCUCCACACCACACCCAUGGCCUGCUACAACCGCUGCCGCCCCUGUGGACCCACCCCGCUGGCCAACAGCUGCAACGAGCCCUGUGCCCUGCAAUGCCAGGACUCCCACGUUGUCAUCAACCCUUCCCCCAUGCUGAUCACCCUGCCAGGACCCAUCAUGACCUCCUUCCCCCAGAACACCGCUGUCGGAUCCACCUCCUCGGCUGCUCUUGGCAGUGAACUCAGUGCCCAGGGACAGCCCAUCUCUGGUGGAUUUGGUGGCUUUGGCUAUGGCCGUGGAUUUGGCUAUGGGCUGGGUGGCCUGGGCUGCUAUGGCAGAAGGGGUGGCUACAUCUGCUAAGGACCCUCAGCACCAGCGCUGACACCAC